UGUGUGAAAACAGUAAUGUUUUAGUAAUUUUGCUUUUUAAACCCAAACUUGCUAAUGCAAAGAGAAGUGUCUAAUAUGGACAGAAUUCUUAAUCACUUAACCACAAGAAGGCAACACACAGAGAAUAUUGUCUUUAUUGAAACCACUCAUGGCCUAGUUUUACAUCUAGUGAUAAAAGAUGGAUAAACACAUUUUUUUCCCCCAUGUAUUCAUUGAGUAGGCAGGAAGAGCUGGCAGAAGAGCUCUCCAUAUUCCGGCCUGGGUAGAGUGCUCCACAGUGCUCCGAUGAAGGACCGGACCCUCCUAUCAUUUUUGGAAAGAACCUAGUUUCUCUCUUUUGGCCUGUAAGAGCCUAGACGUGGAAGACAGAGUAGCAUUUUAGUUAUUCGGGCUGUGUGGCUAUGGGGAUUUUAAGUCCUUGACCUGCUUAUUAUGGUUGAGAUAAAAGUUCAGGUUUACAUUUAGUGAGCAGAGGGUCUAGGGACUUGGGAUGUCAAGUAUUAGUCCAACUCAGUAUUAGUCCAACUCAAAUAGCCACAGCUUCUAGAUUCUCUCCCAUUUCUGGCCUUUCUUCUCCGCUGGGCUUCAUUCUCCCUCCUCUCUCCUCCUGUGGCUAUUUGAAUCAAGUCCCAUUGCUUCUGAACUCACCAGACUGGAAGGCUUGCUCUCUAAUCUAAUCCUGACAUACUUGCCUCCUGGAAAGAGCUUUGCUUAAAAAAUUGGUGAGCGUCAUUUCUAGCAAUCCCAUGACAUCAUAGGAGGCAGGUACUGUGACCCCAAUUAUGAGGCUCAGAAAGGGUAAGUGGCUUGCCCAAGGUCACAGAGCAAAGCUGUAGGUUGGGCUUUUUCUGGUUCAGCAUAGCUCUUUUCUGCUGGUGGGUAUCGUAACCUAGGAUAAAAUACUGAAGAAGGGGAAGUGGCUGGUUCUCUAGAGAGCUCUGAGGUUUUCCUCUUUCCUGCCAAGAGAGGUAGGCUCUGUUGUGCCGUGACUGUCCCUGUGCUGGAAAUGUCCGUUGCUCCCAAUUCCUAGCAGUCAGCGUGCUCUUUCCACAGGUCAGCUGCGUCAGAAAAUGAGGGAGCGGUGCUGUCCCUGAGGUCAGCCUGAGCACAAAGAGAAGGUCCCUUGAUACCCAUCUGGAAGCCACCCUAAGGUCCAUGGCUAAGCCCUGGACACCGGUUGCGCCUUACCCAAGAUUCCACACUUCUCUUGUGGUCAGUUCUUGAUGGAUUUCACUCCUGGAUGCUGGCGACUCCUGGGCAGGAGACAUGGCUCCAAUCAGGCCGGGGUUUGGAAACCAGGAUCUGUGUCUGCUCAAGAGAAGGAGUUUCCUGCUGUUGAAACUCACAGCUGUUGUCUUUGCCACGCUUCUAUUUUGUGAAUUUUUAAUCUAUUAUUUGGUGAUCUUUUGGUGUGAUUGGCCUGAGGUGAAAACUCCCGCUCAUGACAGUGGACAAAAGACUCUGAAAGCCAUGUUUUUGGCUGAUACUCACUUGCUUGGGGAAGUACGAGGCCAUUGGCUAGACAAAUUACGAAGGGAAUGGCAAAUGGAGAGAGCUUUCCAGACGGCUCUGUGGUUGUUGCAGCCCGAAGUUGUCUUCAUUCUAGGGGACGUCUUUGAUGAAGGGAAGUGGAGUUCCCCCCAGGCCUGGGCAGAUGAUGUGCAGCGAUUUCGGAAAAUAUUCAGACACCCACGUCACGUGCAGCUGAAGGUGGUUGCUGGCAACCAUGACAUUGGCUUCCACUAUGAGAUGAGCACAUACAAAAUAAAACGAUUUGAGAAAGUUUUCAACCCCAAAAGGCUGUUUUCUUGGAAGGGAACGAAUUUCGUGAUGGUCAACAGCGUUGCCCUGGAAGGGGACGGCUGCCACAUCUGCUCCAAAGCGGAAGCUGAACUCCUGGAAAUUUCUCACCAACUGAAUUGCUCCCGUGAGCAGGAACGUGGCUCCGGCCCCUGCCGAGAUGUGCCGCUGCUGCCCGCGUCCGCCCCGGUGCUCCUGCAGCAUUUCCCGCUUUACCGGAGGAGCGAUGCUAAUUGUUCUGGGGAGGACGCUGCGCCUCUGGAAGAGCGGGGCAUCCCCUUUAAGGAGCGGUACGACGUGCUUUCCCGGGAGGCCUCUCAGCAGCUACUUUGGUGGCUGCGGCCACGUCUCAUCCUGAGUGGCCACACGCACAGUGCCUGCGAGGUGCUCCACGGGGCGGGAAUCCCCGAGAUCAGCGUGCCCUCUUUCAGUUGGAGGAACAGAAACAACCCCAGCUUCAUCAUGGGCAGUAUGACGCCCACAGAGUACGCCCUUGCCAAGUGCUACCUGCCUCACGAGGCUACCGUUCUGGCCACAUACUGUGUAGCAGCUGGGCUCCUGGCGGUCCUCCUGUUAGUCCACUCCAGACUUCUACCCUCACCUUUUCUUUUGGGCUGGAACCUGCUCAGGAAAUUUAAGACAACGUAAAGAGCAGGAGACUUGUGUAUUUCGUCAUAAGUAACAAAGCCAAAGAAACUGGACCUUGGGCAGGGCUCACGGGAGAUGAGGUCAAAGGAGGCGGUCUUUAUACACAUCACGGAAACUGUUAAUCACUGAUGCAAAUUCCUGCAGAAUAAAUAGUUGAUGGUACUGUUCUCAUGCUAUAAAAAUGGAACGUGUACUCUACAACAAGUCUUGUCUCAUUUUAUCAAAUAUAUGUAUCAUCAAAGAUCGUGUCUGUACAAUAUGUAAAAGCUAUUAAAGUCAUCACUUGCAUGCACGAGGCUGUCCUACCUUCCCCAGGAUGGAGCCGGCGGCCCGGGAACACACUCGGGGUUGUGUGUGCACAAACACUGGGUUUGCUUCUGUCCCCUUACGAAGUGGUCCACAAACUCCUAUUAUAUAUGAUAAAGCUGUACACUUAAAAUAAUAAAAGUACAGAUGUCACAAGCAGGAA